AAAUUCACCAGCUGUUUACAGUACUCGAGCAUGUCUGAAAUUCUAGCUUCAGCUGAUCUUUGUUUUUGGGUUGAACAAAAUUGACGUGACAGAAAAGUGAGCAAUUAACUCAAACAUAGAUCACGGAAGAAGAUAAUGCGUACUUAGAAAUCGGAAAUGUUAGGAGAAAUUUUUUCAAGCAAUCAGAUUUAGAUAAUUGUCUGUGACGUAAUAGAAAUAGCUACAUGAAGUGAAAAUAUUCAUGUGUUUUGAAAGGUGUUUCUGAAUUUAUUGGAAACAGUGGCAAGUAAGAGGAACGUGAAUAUCUCAGAAAUAAGUCUGGCCUCUACCAGUGAAAAAUCGGGGGACGACGGUGGGGCUCCGCCUCGUAAGAAAUCCCGAAGGAGUAAUAGUGAUUUGGACACAAUGCAAGAUAGUAACGGGUGCAUACAAAAUGGUACUCCUUCAUCGAGUAAUAAUAUCGCCACGGAAAAUGGACACUUGGACAUUUCUAAUGGCUCGGGAUCAGGGGAUGGUUCCCAGCUAGAUAGAACCAAGCAAGAAAUUGUACGAUUGAUCGGGCAAUAUUUAAAAAAUGAAGGAUUGACCCGAACUGCUGAGCAGCUUAUCUCGGAAUCGGGAUGUCGAUUAGACCAUCCCGCAGCUGUUAAAUUUAAGCAUCAUAUUCUGGAUGGAGAUUGGUCUAAGGCUGAUAAUGAUUUGCAGGAACUUCAACCUCUCAUUAGUUCCUCUCAAAGUAUGGUGGAAAUGAAAUUUCUCAUUCUCGAGCAAAAAUACCUUGAAUUCCUAGAAGAUGGAAAGGUAUUAGAUGCCCUUAAUGUUCUUAGAAAUGAAUUAACACCAUUACAGCACAAUACUAAUCGUGUUCAUCAGUUGUCAAGUUAUAUGAUGUGUUCUAACGCACAAGAAUUGAUGGAAAGGGCUAGCUGGGAAGGAAAAGGAUUGGAGUCACGAAAAACAUUAAUGAACAAACUACAAACUUUUUUGCCCCCUAGUGUUAUGUUACCUCCUCAUCGUUUAAAUGCCUUACUUUCUCAAGCAUUAGAAUAUCAAACAAUUCAAUGCGAUUAUCACAACACAUCUCAGGGAAUUGCCUUGCAAACUGCCUCACUGCUAACAGACCAUAUUUGUCCAAAGGAUGAUUUUCCAACUCAUACAAUUCAGGUUCUAAAUGAUCACUGUGAUGAAGUAUGGUACUGUCAAUUUUCUCCUGAUGGUACAAAACUUGCCACGGGUUCUAAAGAUAAUAAUGUGAUUAUUUGGGAUGUGCAUCCUGAAACUUGCACACUCUCUGUUAGGAAAAUCCUGGAAGGCCACAACUACGGAGUUGCAUACAUAUCAUGGUGUCCGGAUAAUGUUCAUCUCAUCGCUUGCGGCCCAGAGGAGAGUGCGGAAGUUUGGUUGUGGAAUGUUGAGAAUGGAAAACUCCUUAAAAUCUGUCAAUCUCAAGAAGAUGCCUUAACUUGUUGUUCUUGGCAUAAAUCGGGAAAAAAAUUUGUGGUUGGUGGUAUUAGGGGACACUUCUAUCAAUGUGAUAUGGAAGGCAACAUCUUGGAAAACUGGGACGGUGUCCGGGUAAAUGGAUUGCAUUGUCGUAAGGAUGGAAAGACGGUUCUAGCAUCUGAUACUCACCACAGGAUCAGAUCUUACAUCUUCGAAGAAUCACAAGAUGCUGAUGUACUUCACGAAGAUCGUGCCAUUAUCUCUUUCACAGUCGAUAGAAAUGAUAGGCUUUGCCUAAUCAACGUACUUACUCAGGGAAUUCACUUAUGGGAUCUUAAUUACAAAUGUCUCAUCAGAAAGUACAGGGGAGUUGCUCAAGGUCAUUUUAACAUUCACUCAACCUUCGGUGGCGCUAAUCAAGAUUUUAUUGCCAGUGGAAGUGAGGAUAGCAUGGUAUAUAUCUGGCAUAUUAAAAAUGAAGAUCCCAUAGCAACUUUGAAAGGUCAUACUCGAACAGUAAAUGCUGUAGCUUGGAAUCCUGUUUAUCAUCAGAUGAUGGUAUCUGUGUCUGAUGAUUUCACUGUUCGGGUGUGGGGUCCUAAAAAUAUGGUGCCUAAGCACACAGUCUGAUCUAUGCCUGGACAAAAUUUCUCAAGACACGUCAAAAAAUGGGCCAAUAUUACUUCCUUUAUUGUGAUUCACCAUUUUUAGUGCCUCGUGGUUUCAGUGUCUUCUUCGAAUAACGACUCCAUAAACAACGGCACAUGGACUGAUAUGGUGUCAUAGUACAAAACGGGUUCGAAGACUGAACACAUCUUGAAUGACCAUCUUCAUCAAUUUGCCGAAAGACUUUAGAUCAAUGAGUGGUCGUAGAAGUGUGUGCUCUAAUAUCUAAUGAAUUUUUUUAUAUUUUAAAGUGGGUUUAAUAAUUUAUAAUCAAUUAUUCAUUAGUUUUAGAUUUUAUUCGUGCGAUAUACUCGUUUACUUUUUACCAGAAAUAUCCAUGCAGUUUUUACAUCAAUUUUGAAAUUGCCUUCUAAUUAUCUGAGUAGAAUUUUUUUAAUAUAAUUGUAUGUUUUCUGGAUUAUUCUUCAUUUGAUUUUAUAUUGAUUUCAGCACAAAAAAUAUAUAUUUCAAGAAAUUAAUUACGAAAUUUUGAUACAUUAAAUCAACUAUUGUGUUCAAUUUGAAAUUAAUACUAUCAAAAUUAGAAUUAGGAGUAUCUAAUUUAAAAUUUUUAUGAGGAAUUUGUUGCAAUAAAUUAGUAGACCAAAGUAGAUUGUUAUUUUGAAUCAUGUUUUCGUCUCAGUUGUGUCAAAUACAAAAUCUUUAAGGAUGAAUUAACUGAAAUCGAUCUUGGUUAUCAGAACUUUUUACUCUGGGUUAUAAAUAUGCAAAAAAAAUUGUCGCUCAUUAAAUUGAGGACACGUAUUUACAAUAAUUUUUUUGAUUACCUAAAAAAAUUAUCAAAUAUUUGAUUAUGACUAAAGUUGAAUUUGAAGGUCCUUGGAUCUUACUUGGUGUAUGUCUUUAAUAGAGAGUGAUCGUGAUAAAUCGACUUGUGCAAGUAUUCGUUAACUCUAUUAUGUUGUCAAUUUUAUUUUUAGGUUUUCUGCUUCUAAGCAAUAAUAUGAAAUGAAGAUAUCAUGUAAUUUUUUAUUCAAUAUAUGAAUUAAACUUA